AUGAUGGAGUUGGGGGGUGUGUCCUAUCUGACAGAGGAGUGUCUUCUACAGGCCACGCCCACCUGCCUUGGGUGCUUCAUCGAGACCCGGGAUCCCACCCCUAUCCAUGACACCGCUCCUAUUCAUGACCCCGGCCCCAAGACUCCUGACCUUGCCCGCGAGGCAGGGCUGGUAAGCCACCAGGACUUGGAGGCCACUUCCUGCCCUAUCUCUGACAUCAGCAGCAUCAAUAUCCCAUGUCUGAGCCAGGCUGGGGAGGUCAUAGAGGUCCUCGGGGAGCCGCUCCUGCCAGAGCAGCUUCUCAGCUUCUCCAUAACCAAAACCUGCCACGCCACCGCCCUCGUUACCGCUAACGACAAGACAGGAGACAACGGAGAGAAGACAGAGGCAGAGGAUCCCACGACCAAGAAUCUGUAUGAGGGCCUCCUAUUGGACAAGAUGAACAGAGAGGAGGGCCUCCUAUUGGACAAAGUGAAUGUGGAGGAAAUGCUGCUAUUGGACAAGGUCAACGGGGGGGGAGUGUUGCUAUUGGACAAAGUGAAUGGGGAGAAGGUGCUGCUAUUGGACAAGGUCCCCAGGGAGGAAGUGUUGCUAUUGGACAAGAUGAACAGAGAGGAGGUCCUCUUAUUGGACAAAGUGAACAAGGAGGAGGUGCUGCUAUUGGACAAGGUCCCCAGGGAGGAAGUGUUGCUAUUGGACAAGAUGAACAGAGAGGAGGUCCUCUUAUUGGACAAAGUGAAAGGUGAGGAGGCGCUGCUAUCGGACAAGGUCAGCGGGGGGGAAGUGUUGCUAUUGGACAAGAUGAACAGAGAGGAGGUCCUCUUAUUGGACAAAGUGAAAGGGGAGGAGGCGCUGCUAUCGGACAAGGUCAGCGGUGAGGAGGUCGUUCUGGCCAAUGCGGGUCAGGACUGGGGUUACUUCGAGUCGUUUAUCAGUGAGUCCAAGAUGGAGCUGCUGGACCUGUGUUCUAAGACCAACCUGUCAGUCAACCUGUUCUCCGAAGACGACGUUGACAACCUGUUUGACGACGACGACGAGGACUCAGCUCUGAGCAGCGAAAUGUGUUCUCUAAAGAUCCGCUACGAGUCCUUCCAGGACAACAUAAGAGAGAAGACCAACGUCCUGCAGGAGGACACACAGUUCAACUUCUUCCCCUCUGUCCUGGUCAAUUGUGCCAAGAGGGAGGAUGGAGGAGGAGGAGGAGGAGGGGGGAGGAGGACAGGGGAGGAGGGUAAAGCUGAGGAGCUGAGCCUUGUGGUGGGGGAGGAGGGUGGGAAGGUGGGGGAUGUUAGUUUGCUAGUGGGGUCUCAGGGGUCCCAGGGUUCACCCCUCUCCUCCGCCUCCUCUGUCAACUACUUGCUGGAGUUCAGAAACUCAGUCGAGGAGGACGCGGAGUACAGCGAUGACACCUCCUGCACCUCCUCGGACACCCUGCAGGAGGUGCAGCCGGGCCAGAGGAGGGGAGGAGGAGGAGGAAGUGCGCCCAGGGGUUCCAGGAGACCCUCGGACCCUCUGGACUACGGCCUGCGCUCCAAAAGGAAGGUCCGCUACAGUGACGACUACCUGUACGACGUCGACUCCAUCGACAGCCACAGCAAGACCGAGAGAAUCGCCACGGAGAAGAGAGAGAAGGUUCCGGCGGGACAGAGGGAGGAGGAUGUGGACUGGUGCCCCAAGAAGAGACGGAAAUUCUCCCGGAAGGAGCCGCCAGUCAUCACCAAGUACAUAAUCAUCAACCGCUUCAAAGGACAGAGACGCAUGUCUGUGAAUCUGGGCAGGCUGGACCCUGCCGGGGACGCUGCCGUGAGCCUGGACCCUGCCAGGGACGCUGCCGUGAGCCUGGACCCUGCCGGUGACGCUGCCGUGAGCCUGGACCCUGCCGAGGAGAACCACUACUCCUCUCUGUCUCCACUGAAAGACUUCUGGCAGGAGAGGAGGAGGGAGCGGGAGGAGCAGCUGCGGCUGGCGUCCAGAGAUAAACAGCAUCUGAACAGGCGCCGCCACCGCCCCUUUAGUUCCAUGCACCCCAAACAGAAAUACAAGAUGGCCAACAGGCUGUGUGUCCAGAGGAUCCCCCGGACAGGGGAGGGAUCAGCAGUAGCUCAGGACUCAGGUUCCACCCCCUCUGUCUCUGAUCAGGCUGUUACUACAGAGGAGGGGGAGGGGAAGAGCACCGUUACAACCACAGGACAUCACCACACCGGAACAGCCAAGAGGAGCCGCACCCAGGAGAGAGAGGAGAGGGAUGGGAGGAGGACGGGAGGAGGGAAAACAGGGAGGAUAAGGAAAUUCAAGAGCCAAGCCAGGCUGAGCAGUGACAAGACAAUGAAAGAGGGAGGAGCAGGUGGAAGAGCGGAGGGGGAGAGCGUGAUGAAUGGAGCGGCGGAUGCUGGGGUGUUAACCAACCAGGAGCCUGCUGGCAGCGUACGAGUGGCAGACAUCAGCUCUAACACACCCAGCCCUCCUUUCUCCUCCCUGGAUCCCACCAACCAGCAGACAUUCCCCUUCACCUCCUCCUCCUCCUCCUGCGCCUCUGUCCUCAUCUCUUCUGACCAAGCUGUACCUUCUGGGGAGAGGGAGGAAGGGGUGUCAGUGAUCCCAGGGGGGUACCUGCAAACCCUACUAGAUUCCUCAGACUCCUCCAGGAGGGUAGGUAUCACCUACUACCCCCAGCAUCCCCCCACGCAGCACUAUCCCCCAGGUCUCUCUCUAGAGGAGAAACAGUUUUCCUCUCUGCAGUUAGUCCAGAGCUCCCCUCCCUCCGAGUCAGAGCUCCAACAGUCACCCCAAAACUGUCCCAGCUUCCCCUCCUCCAUGUGGAACCACCAGCCCCAUCUCGGCCCCAGCUACCCCCACAGCCAGGGGGGCUUUGGCCCCGACACCACUCUCCUCUCCAGUGGGUUCCUGCCCUUGUCGGACGGCCUGCCUGGGUCGGGGUCUGGAUCGGACUACAGCCAGCAGGGAUCAGAGACUGACAGACUGCUGUACGAGAAGAGUUACCUUGUGGAGGGGGUGGGGCUGCAGCCAGGGUCGGGGGUGGAGCUACAGGAGCUGCAGGUGUGUCAGUCAGGUGUCUGUCUGGGGCAGGUGCAGUACCAGCGAGGCUCUCUCUGCUCAGACCAUGGAUGUCUGAUCAGCUAUGACUCUGUGGGCUCCUUGUCUGCCUGCUCCUCCAACUACAGCUCUCAGAGCUUUGGGGAACAGCGUGAGGGAGGAGGGCAGACAGAGGAGAGGAGAGACAGCUACCUGCAGCACUGCAGCCCCACGGUGUUGUUCCAACAGAGCCUGGAGAACAUGGGUCACCCCAUCACCCCCCUCAGAGAGUCCUCAGACCUCCUCGACAUUUCAAACUUUACCCCCGACAAGUUCAGACACUCCUCCCUGUCCGAGCUGUCGCCCCCGGAGACCCCCAACCUCUCCCCCCUGGUGACGGGGUGGGAGAUGAGGACAGGAGGCAAAGCCCCGGAGUACCAGGAUCAUGUGACAGGAUGUGACAUCAGCAGGGAGGCGAAGUGGAACUGUGACAUCAUGCAGCAGGCGGAGCAGCACGGGAUGGAGGGGCGGCCCUCAUUCAACGGAGAGGGGGAGGGGGGGAAGAACACCCGCUCUAAGAGGAAAGCAGGUUAUAAACAGGCUGCAGCGGCAGCAGGGGGACAGCAGGGGCCCAAGAGAGGCCGGGCCCCCAGAGCAUCCAAGACAGAGAAGGUGAAGAUGCCUAGACAGAGCCGCUCUUCUAAGAAGAUCAAAGCCAUGCUGGAGGGGAAGGCUGCCAAGGGCCAGGCGCAGGCAGGGGGGAACCUUCAGCCCCACAGCCACGGUAGCAUUGGGGACUGGUCUGGUAGCAGCACCGGGCCUAGGGGCUGGUCGGAGGGGAACACCAGCCUGGGGGAAGGGGAGGAGCAGCAGGAGUUUGAGGAGCCAUCCAACAUCCUGUCCAACAUUGUGUCCGGCAUGGCGGAGGUCCAGAGGUUCAUGAUGGAGUCCAUGGAGCCUCAGUGGGACCUGCUGGAGGGCGACCUGCCGCCCGACACCAACAGCCUUAACAUGAAGACCCUCCACAUCCUCCAGGGGAGGGGGGGCAAGAAGGGAGCAGGCUCCGUGGGGGUCGGACGGGGCAGGAAGGCCAGGGGCAAGGUGGGGAAGAACCAGGCCAAGUUUAACACCUCCCACCCCAUCUUCCCCCAGCUCGCUCUGGGCUGCAACAUGUUCGACAAACCCAAUUCUAUUAGCCCAGGCCCCACGCACAAAAAACUGUACCGACACAAGACCAGUGCCAAGUUCCCAAACAUGGAGACUGUGAAGGGUAAGCGAGGGGGAGUGGAGAGGAACCCAAACAAGGACUUGGCCCUCAUGGUCUCUUUUGAGAAACUGAGGCAGAAUAUGGCCGUCUUGUUGUCGCUGUCCUUCGAUAGACACUGCCUGGCUCAGUUCAAGAGGAAAAACUACACCCCCCAUAACACCCCUCUCUCUUCUGAGCCCCUCCCCUUGUAUAAACCCAAGACAUCUUCAACACAAGAUGGGACCAUUUUUGUAUCGAUAACAUAUCAAAAUAGCAUUUUGUCUUCAUUUUCUUAAUUUUGGAAUGAGCUUGUAAUUCUCCUGUUCUUUACUGUUCUGUUUCUCCUGGAGGUUUUAAAAAGGAGCUGGUCGUUCUAACGAGACAUUUAUAGAUGUUCACAGUGCUCCGUCCACUAUCAGAGUAUUUUUGUCUAUGUUGUUGUACAGCUCCAUGCACUAUCUGCAAAAAAAUGAUAAUUAUUUUUAAUCUUCAAAAUCAAAUGUGCCAAAAGGUAAAGAUGACAUCUUAUAUUUAUACUGAACAAAAAUAUAAACGCAACAUGCAAUAUUUUCAAACAUUUUACUGAGUUACAGUUCAUAUAAGGAAAUCAGUCAAUUGAAAUCGAUUCAUUAGGCUCUAAUCUAUGGAUUUCACAUGACUGGGUGCAGCUAUAGGCUGACUGGGCGCAGCUAUAGGCCCACCCACUUGGGAGCCAUGCCCAGCCAAUCAGAAUAAGAUUUUCCCACAAAAGGGUUGUAUGCUCCCCACAGACAUCUGUGGAAUUUUAUUGUCCCCAGCACAAGGUGCAACUGUGUAAUGAUCAUGCUGUUUAAUUAGCUUCUUGAUAUGCCACACCUGGUCAGGUGGAUGGGAUGAUCUUGGCAAAGGAGAAAUGUUCACUAACAGGGAUGUAAACAAAUGUGUGCACAACAUUUAGAGAAAUUAGCUUUUUGUGUGUCUGGAACAUUUCUGGGAUCUUUUAUUUCAGCUCAUGGAACAUGGGAUCAAAACUGUACAUGUUGAGUUUAUAUUUUAGUUCCAUGUAGAAUACAGAGACUAUAGAGUAUAGAUGUAUAGAAUACAGAAACUAUAGAGUAUAGAUGUAUAGAAUACAGAGCGGAUAUUGGCUGUUUCGUUUUCUUUAUCCAUUGUGAAUAUCGAAAGCUCUGGUUGGCUGGCUGCUCACAGAGGUAAUCAUGUCAGAUAGACAGCAGAGUGCUUCAUUCCAUAGUCAUGUUGUAUCAGGACGUUCAAGGUGUUGUAUUACUGACAGCAGUGAGUUGUGUUGCAGCCAUGCAUCGAUUCAGAGGGCAUGACCUCAUCACAAUGCAACCAUUUAAGAAGGAAAAAUAAAAUUGGGAUACACACGAGUAGAAAUCAAUGAAAGCAUUUCCAGCAGCUACGACUCCUAUUACCAUUCCAUAUGCGAUGUUAAAGGGGGUCAGCACCACUUCAUUCUACCAUUCCAUAUGCGAUGUUAAAGGGGGUCAGCACCACUUCAUUCUAACAUUACCAUAUGAGAUGUUAAAGGGGGUCAGCACCACUUCAUUCUACCAUUACCAUAUGA